AUGGGCCACAACGUCGGCAACGGGAUCCAUUUCCCAGGACGGCCGGGGGUCACCCCUGACCAGAGGACCAUGGACCACGCCGACGAGGGCGGAAUCGUCAGCGGCCGCUUUCGCGUGGCUCGUCAGAGCUGCCGACUGGAUUACAGGGUUGCAAAUGCUAAUCCGCGGAGACCGGUGGCAGCAUGCAAGCUGCAAGAUGGAUCGAGAACCGCCCUCGGAGUCUCCAAGGUCUGA